GUAUUCAAUAUUUUUAUAAAAUAGUGUUUUUUUAACACGCGUUGGAUAUAUAAAUAAAUGUCAGAAAAUUGUGCUCUUUGUAGAGACGCCCAUGUGCGUCAGCUGUGCGCCGCGUACGAAGCAUACUUCAAGUAGUUGACUCAGUUAGUAAAACGGCACUUGGUGACGAGACAUUUUGUUGUCGCGUCACAGAUAGAUUUUCAAUUUCUUGGAUAGUAUUGCGCGAAAUUUUGUGUCUAAUUGUAUUCAUCGACCAAGCUAACCUUAAUUUCGAACAGUGAGCGCAGAAAAGGAUAACAGGAAAUUUAAGUCGAUCGUUGAAGAAAAGACAUGGCACAUACUACUAUGGACGUGAUCGCAGUAAUCGAGCUAUAAGCUCGUCCAUUCUUUCAUGGCAAAUGGUGCAUUCUGGUUUAAUUUAUGGUUUUACCCGAUAAGCCUACUUAUUUGGUGACUUGCUGGGUGCAAUGGCUGAAAAGAUUGUUGUGCAUGGUUUGAUGGCUAUGUAGUUAUAUCCUAAAUAUACGAUAUAACGAUUUGUCAUGUAAUACAAUUUAUUAUUAUUACCAUCUUUUCCAUUUGGUGUAACAGCUACCGGAGUUCAACUCGGAUGUUUUGGCAGCUGAUUUAAUCCUUGCUUACGAGUAUCUUAGAAAUAUUUUGAAAUUUGUUUGACUGUACGUGUUAAUAAACGGAUUGCAUAGUGCUGUGACAGUAAAUUUUAUGUGAUACUAUUAAUAUUAAGUAAGGGACAACGUACGAUAAAGCUUCUUGCUUUAUUCGGGAAGUAGAGAACGAUGACGUCAUGUGCUGAAACAUAAGCUGUUUUCACCUUGUUCCGCUACGACAGUAUUUCGCGGGUACAGGUGCGAUAUAUUUCUUUGUGGUAUUGAAAUUUUCUUGAAAUCCAUCGAGCGAAAUAGUAAAAUAAUUAUGUUCGUGCUAGUGUUAUUAUUCGACCCAUAAUUAUUUAAUAAUCUACGAAGCCCGAGUUAAGAUAAAAAAUGUGCUAAUGUUCUGUUUUCACUUAACUGUGACACAUACUUGUUAGUGAUUUCAUUGUUCCCAAUCUAUGUUUACUGUGUAGUUGAACAAACAAAACAAAGUGUACACAGAAGGCAUGAGGUUUUGUAGAUGGAGCAUCAAAUACAAUGAUUGUAUCUUUUGAUAGCAACAUUUUAUAUACAGGUGUAAACGAUACAAAAUAAAAAAAAAUAUAUCCGUGUUUUAAUUACUUCAUAAAUUAACAAUACAAUGGAUUCCGAAGAAGAAACGUAUGACGAUGUUGAUUCUGGCAAUGAAUCCAGCGGGGACGAUGUGGAUUUUGCAAUGGAAAUAGAAGCAGAAAAUCCAAGAGAACGAACAACAGAUGUUGACGAUUAUCCAUUUGAAGUUUUGUCAACAGAAGAGAUAGUGCAACAUAUGAUUGAUUCUAUAAAAGAAGUAAACACAGUUGUAGAAAUACCAGCGACAACCACGCGUAUUUUAUUAAAUCAUUUUAAAUGGGAUAAAGAAAAAUUAAUGGAACGCUUUUAUGAUGGUGAUCAAGAAAAGUUAUUUGCCGAAGCACGUGUUAUAAACCCAUUUAGAAAGGGUCCAUUAAUAAAUAGAAAUCAAUCUUCUCAAAGCUCUCUAUCUAGAAGAACGUCAACAAAUGGUACUGAAGAAUGUGGAAUCUGUUUUAUGAUUCAACCAUCUGCAAUGAUGACUGGACUUGAGUGUGGACAUCGUUUUUGUACUGGUUGUUGGGGAGAAUAUCUUACAACUAAGAUUAUGGAAGAAGGGGUUGGUCAAACAAUUGCAUGUGCAGCACAUGCUUGUGACAUUUUAGUUGAUGAUGCUAGUGUUAUGCGUCUUGUAAAAGACUCUAAAGUUAAACUGAAGUAUCAACAUUUAAUAACCAAUAGUUUUGUGGAAUGUAAUAGGUUAUUAAGGUGGUGUCCAUCUCCAGACUGUAAUAAUGCUAUAAAAGUACAGUAUAUAGAAGCAAGAUCUGUGACUUGCAAAUGUGGACACACAUUCUGUUUCCAUUGUGGUGAAAAUUGGCAUGAUCCUGUAAAAUGUCAUUUACUACGUAAAUGGAUAAAAAAGUGCGACGACGAUUCAGAAACAUCAAAUUGGAUUGCUGCAAAUACAAAGGAAUGCCCUAAGUGUAUUGUCACAAUUGAAAAGGAUGGUGGAUGUAACCAUAUGGUAUGCAAAAAUCAAAAUUGCAAAACUCAUUUUUGUUGGGUGUGUCUUGGGCCUUGGGAACCACAUGGAUCUAGUUGGUAUAAUUGUAAUCGUUACGAUGAAGAAGAGGCUAAAGCUGCGAGGGAUGCUCAAGAAAAAUCAAGAUCUGCGUUACAGAGAUACUUAUUUUAUUGCAAUAGAUAUAUGAAUCAUAUGCAGUCAUUGAAAUUUGAAAGUAAACUUUAUGCAAGCGUAAAAGAAAAAAUGGAAGAAAUGCAGCAACAUAAUAUGUCAUGGAUCGAGGUGCAAUUCUUAAAGAAAGCAGUAGAUAUAUUGUGUUCCUGUAGACAAACUCUCAUGUAUACUUAUGUUUUUGCUUAUUAUGUGCGAAAAAAUAACCAGUCUGUGAUUUUUGAAGACAAUCAGAAAGACCUGGAGGGCACAACAGAACGUCUCUCGGAGUAUCUUGAAAGAGACAUUACAAGCGAAAAUCUUGCUGAUAUUAAACAAAAGGUUCAAGAUAAAUAUAGAUAUUGCGACAGUCGGAGAAAAGUGCUUUUAGAACAUGUACAUGAAGGUUAUGAAAAGGACUGGUGGGACUAUGUGGAAUAGAGAGCUAUACCAGCUUUAUUUUUUAGGGGUGUGAGACAAGUUUUCUUUCUUGUCACUUUUACCCCAACUGUGAUAAAUCAAGAAAGCUGACAAGAGACAAAAACAGAGCAUGUCACUAAGUGAUUUACGUGUUAGAUAUACUUUAAACACAAUGAUCUGUGGCAACACAUAUAUCGUUAUGAAUUUUGAAUUUAUUAAAAUUGAAUCCUAUCAAUAUCAGGCUAAAUGUAAAAUACUUUUGUAUUAAUUACUGAAGCUAAUUUGCGCUUGCUGUGUGCUAUUCAUCGUUCCAUAUUUAAAUUCUUCAUAAUAUUCAGCCUUGCAAUAUAAUAUUUUCAAAUCUUAAAUGAAUUUCAUAUACAGACACAUCGGAUGAUAAACGAUGGUACAAAAGAUAUCGAGCAGUGUGUUGCAGUACUGAACAAAAAUUUAUCUGAAAUUUGCUUAAUAUAUUUUAAUGCCAUAGUGUAAUAAUACAGUGCACUUUUUCAUAAUACUGUAAGAUUCUCUGAAAAGGUAUUAAUUGAACUUUUAAGGAAAGACUUUUCAGGAGUUCUUUAAAUAGUACAUGGAAAGGUUAAUAUAAAACUAGAAUACUUUAAUGUGUCUCUUAUUCUCAGUCCUGUGCAUUCGAUUUAUGAAGAAAUAAUUGAAUACGACAGGCUAUUGGUGCAAAUAAGACUUAUAAAAUACUUUAACAUUUUGCUCUAUUUUGGACAGCAAUACGUCCAGGCUAUAAUUGCCAAUCUUCAUAAAAAUUUAAUGAACGUGAGCAUGUCGUCAGUAUCGUGUACGAUUUUUUAUGUUUCUUUACAAUUUACUUUAUGUUUACUACUCUUUUUUUUACAUGAUGAUAUUUAAAGCAAUUAUUCUUACAAUUAAUAAUUCAUGUACAUAUAGGAACAACAAAGUCAAAAUUAAUCUACACUUAUGAAAACAAAAAUAUUCAAAAUAUUGAUGGAGCACGGAAACUCCUUGGUAAGGGUACAGAUUUGUAUCUCGAUAAAAAUUUUGGAAUCAUUCUCAUCACUGUUUAUGUUCAUUUAGUGUAAAUGGCCCGACAACUCAUGCGGUUGGUGGCUGUGUAUAUAGGACAGAUCGAUUUCUGGAAUAAAAUCGUCUACCAUACUCAUUAAAAAUCUCCAAGCGAACCGAUCGUGCGUCUUUUGUCGAGGAGUUUUCGUAAAAUUCUAGAUCGUUGGUUUGGAAUAAAUUGAAUUUGCAUAAUAUAAAAGGGUCCAAUAUUUCUAGGAAGUUGUAAUAUACACUGUUUUAAUUUUAAUAUAUUAAUUAACAAAAGAUUCAAUUUAUUAGCAUAAUAUUUAGAUUACAAUGUUUAAUAUUCAUUAUAUGUGAUCAUACAUUAAUAUCAUUUCAUAAUUUUGUUUGUUCGAAACUUGAAAGAAAAAAAAAAAAAAUUCAGCAACUCAUAUUUUUUUUUCAUGACAAUAUUGUCGCUUGUGUUCCAAGUUUAUUCAAUUGUGAUAUUCUCAUAAUGCUGACGAUAUGUUUCAUAUAUCACUAGCCAACUAAUUCAAGGUUAAUGACCAUGAUACAAUGAUCACUUAUUGUUAUUUAAGUGGGGAACGAAAUAAGAGUUCCGUUUUGUACAGUUACAUAGUUAUAUAUUCAUACAUAAAUGCAUAAUACAUACGUAUAUAUAGUUGUAAUAUCAAUAUUAGCAAACUUAAAGUAGAAACAUUUGAAGGUUUAUUAAAAAAAAAGUUGUUGAUUCUUACUAUUAUCCACGUUAGAGAAUAAAAAGUAAACGCAGUUGUUUUCUGUACAGUCACAAAAUUUGAGUAGAAGUAAGAAAACUGUUAGAUAUAUUCACAGGAAAUUAUUCUCUAGUUCGUGGUUUUGUAUUGUGUAUUCAUGUAAUGCAUAAAAUUAUAAAUAAUAAUCAUGGAAUUACCUUUUUUUAUAUUCAAACGUAAGAAAUAUUCAGAAAAAGCUUAAAAAACUUACAUGUAAUCCGUGUAACAAUUAUUCGCCCUUAAAGUCAUCAUACCAUAUUUAUUAAGACGUGUGUGAUAAAUUUGAGCAAUCAGUUUUCGACUUCUAAAUUGUUAAAUAUAUCCGAAGAAGUUAACAACUUAAUCAGUACUAGGAUCUUUCAACAGUGUCAAGAAUUUGACAUUCAAAAGCAACAGCGUUACUCGAGAAAAUAUUCUGUCUGGUUUUUUAUAUUUAGUAAUUUUCAAUUAUUGGUAAUAUGUACACAGAAACCACGUAAAAUUGUGUAUUUAAUUCUACAAACAAAAGAUCAAUGCUGCACGCUGGUACUUUAGUAAUAUUAUCUCGUUUGUUCAAAGAGUAAAAGAUGCAAGUCAUAUAAUAGUACUCUCAAUAUUAAUCAUGUAGUUUAGACAUUUUUUGGUUUUUAAAUACUUGCAUUCUAGUAUCGAUCGAUAAAUCAAUAUAUUUUGAGUAGUACGUAGAUUGUAUUUAUGUUUGAAUAAGUAUACUACUUUAAA